AUGCCACAGUGGUAUUGGACGGCAUACAGGUCAGAGAGCGCACGCCGUAUGACACGUUCUGACUCGCGUCGCUCACGACAUCGACGAUCUGACCACGGAGGUGCUGCCCUACGCAUGGAUUGCUCGCUCUUCCUUGGCGUUCCGGACGGCCGUCCCAAAAUCCAUACGGACCGACUUGCAGGGUAUCAUAUCUGUCCUCCUCUACGGCCUUCCCGGCAAGCAGCCGCGGCCGCGGCCCGGAAUCUAUGCCAGGUCGCCUUCGAAGGUACGCUCUCGGAGCUACCCGCGGCAGAGUCACCACGCCCAGUAUAUGUUUCAUGGGUUUUCUCGUCUGCAUUCUCCGUUAAUCCUGACACAGCGACUGCGAGAUUGCGGACCCCGAGGCUCCGAAAGAAAUAA